CUCAUCCCCCGUAGAUAGUGAGUGAGGAAACAGUACACCACCGUAGGAACCCGACCAAGUACAGCAUUCAAUUUAUGAAGCCCCGAAAGAUCCUGCUUAUGGGACUUCGCCGAAGCGGCAAGUCAUCCAUCCAGAAAGUUGUUUUCCAUAAAUUGCCUCCGAAUGAGACGCUAUUCUUAGAGUCGACAAGCAAACUAACAAAAGACCAUAUUUCGUCUUUUAUUGAUUUUUCUGUGUGGGACUUUCCUGGCCAGGUUGAUGUUUUCGAUACAGCGUUUGAUUUUGAAAGCAUUUUCAAUCAAGUCGGUGCCUUGGUGUUUGUCAUUGAUGCCCAGGACGAUUAUUUAGAAGCACUCUCGCGGUUGUAUAUAACAAUUUCCAGAGCGGUUGCUAUCAACCCACAAAUAUUUAUAGAGGUUUUUAUUCACAAGGUUGAUGGUCUUAGCGAUGACUUUAAGAUCGAUACACAGCGCGAUAUACAACAACGUACGCAGGAUGAGCUUUCGGAUGCUGGCCUAGAGAAUGUCUCGCUUUCUUUUCAUCUCACGUCCAUUUUUGAUCAUUCUAUCUUUGAAGCUUUCAGUCGUGUUAUUCAAAAACUGAUUCCUCAGCUUCCGGCACUUGAGAACCUUCUUAAUAUUUUUUGUUCAAAUUCUCUUGUGGAAAAAGCAUUUCUAUUUGAUGUAUACUCCAAAAUUUAUGUUGCUACAGAUAGUAGUCCCGUGGAUGUCCAAAGUUAUGAAAUAUGUUCGGAUGUUAUUGAUGUGAUAUUGGACUUUGGGUCUAUCUACGGUACUUCUAAUUCUUCAAAACCCACAGAUGACAGUGAAGCUAUUGCUCAACGCUACCCAAUUGAUGAAGCAUCUUCGGUCAUCCGCCUGUCGACUGGUUUGGUCCUCUUUCUGCGUGAGGUUAACCAGUUUCUUGCUCUCGUUUGUAUUAUUCGGGCAGAGAAUUUUGAGAAGUCUGGUCUUGUUGAGUACAACGUGCAAUGUUUCCAGAAGGCAGUCCAAAAAAUAUUCCAAUUGUAAUAAAGAAAUAACGUUUCACCGCGGAAAUGAAGCAUUUUAUUUAAUACGAGUAAUGCCCUGGAACUGGCCUCUGUUUCUAUACUGUGUUACGUUGACUGAGCUUCGCAUACCGUGUUGGAACAGAGUUGGACUAUUAUUUAUUAUCAAUGUUACAGGUAUUUUAUGCUCACUAGGAGUUUGUAUGUAAACUGAGUGAGGACCAUUACAGCUAUUAUUUUUCUCUUAAUAAUUUGAGAAUGAAAUAAGCCAUUUUAACAAAUUUGUCGAAUAAGAAAUGGAAUGAGUGUUUAGGAUUGAUUAUGGUAACUUGAUGUAUUUCGGUUACUUCAACUCUUGGAAAUCACUUGAUAAUCAUGGCUUUUGGAGGUAUGGUCUUUAAUUUUGUUUUUUAGUUGAGAAACGCUUGUCCUCAAAUUUAUUGAAGAAACAUUUAAUUAUGUUUACAUUAAUGCAUAUAAUAUUCUCUUUAAUGUUCCAA